AUGAAAGAAGAAGAAAAGCUGCUGAAGCUGCAGAAUAAAGGUAAUAAGCUAAUAAAAAUAGAGGUUUAUCUGAAAAAGGAAUAGUUGAAAUGCAAUUCAAAGAAAGGAAAAUGCAAGAAGCUGAAAAAUAUGAAUAAAAAAAUGAAAAUUAUGUUCUUCAAGUAAAUAUUUUUUAAUUUAAAGGCUAAUUUAAAAUCUAAAUUUUAUAUUAAUAUAAAUUUAGUGGAAAUGAAGGAAGGAUUAGUUCAAAUUCGCUUUAAAAUUAAAAUAAUUGUAAAUAUGAAACAAAGUCUUAUAAAAUAACAAGCAAUAAAUAUUAUAUAGUUAAAAAAAAUUUAAAACUAAAAUUUAUUCAAUCAAUGA